AUGGACAUCUCUCCUGCUCCUGCAGCCCGAUCGGCGAGCAAGCCACUCAGGCCCCGCGCCUUCACGAGUGGCGCCAGGCUUUUUGGUUCAGAUCUUAGCAACAGUGCCAACUCCCUCCUGCCUAGCCCUCACAUGGAUGCCGUGGCUGCUGCCGCGAAGGCACCUGUCGCGACACAGUCCUCCAAACGUAUUCAACGGUCUGCCUUGCCUUCCGAGUGGUUUACCGCUCCCAAGCAGCCCGAUAUGUCCAUUCCGACUGCUCCAUCAUCACCUAUGGAUGAUGCCAUGGACGUUGAUACGUCUUAUCAUGCUGACUCAGUAGCUCAGCCGAUCACCUUCUCGUCGCCUUCGUUCUCGCCCGCUGUUCAAUCUGCUGCCCCGACGAUCACUGGAUUCAACCAACUAUUUUAUGACACACUCUCGCCCCGUCGGUCCUAUGAGUCGCCUUCAGCACACCCUAGGAAACGCCGCUCUCUGUCGCCUGAGUCUGUUCGAAAUACCAUCAGUCCUCAACAUGAGCGGUCCUCAUCUCCUAUGCAGCACUCGUCUCCUUCAGAUGCCAAGUUGGAGCGUAUUACCAACGGAGCUGUCGCUGGCCGUAGCAAGCCUUCUUUGCCAGGACUCGGGGCGCCUUCCGCUGGCUUCUUGAAGCGUCCUCGCAGACCGGUGCUGUCUGCGAUGGUUCAACCUUCCGACCAUGCUAUUCAAUCGGCCUACCCGAUUAUGUCGCCCUCGACCGCCGCUUCUGGUUCGGAAGAAGACCACAGCCCUCGUGGAUCUGCGCCUGUCCGACGUGCCUUCUCUGCUUUCCUUCCUCCCUCGAUUUAUACUGAGCAAGAAGAUGAAGAGUCGUUUGAAGGACCGGACAUGUCGUCUCCCGCUCAGGCAUACUCGAAGCGCCAGCAGGUGAAGACGAUCAGGCGUUGUGAUGGUACUGAGGAUUUCAGGCCCUUGACUGGUGCGACAGCUAUGAUCUCGAAGGAAAGUCCGUCGGCCAAGUUCAUGGCCCCUGGGUUGCCUGGGUUUGGGGAUAACGAGGCUCACGGGAAGAUCCUCCCUUGUCAUCGCGUGUCAGAGGAUGGUUUGAUGAGGAUUAAAUCUGAGACGUUGGAUAAUCUCUUAGACGGACACUAUAACGAUGACAUUACUGACUUCCAUGUCAUAGAUUGCCGUUUUGACUAUGAAUACGCUGGGGGUCAUAUUCCAGGAGCUGUUAACAUUAACAAUACCACUUCCGUCGAGGAGCUGCUCCUUGGACCCAGCUUGACGAAACCCAAACCGUCCGUCAGUGGCGACAAGACCAGGAAGACAAUUCUUGUCUUCCAUUGCGAAUUCAGUGCGAAGCGUGCACCGACUUUUGCGAAACACUUGAGGGCCAAAGACCGUGCUAUGAACAACCAGGUAUACCCGAGGAUCCACUAUCCGGAGGUCUACAUUCUUGAAGGUGGCUACUGCCAAUACUUCAGGACGUCUGGACAUCGCUGCGAGCCACCCGCUUAUGUGACGAUGGACGACCCCAACCAUGCGUCUUCUCGUCGUGAAGACCUGGACCAGUUCCGCAAGGCAAAGUUCGGUCGCCAUAAGUCCUACACCUACGGAGACGGGGCCAAGGCACUAUCGUAUGCCCAGCAACAGCAGCAACAGCAACAACCCAAGCGCAACACUGCCCCUGCUCCUCCCACUCUGUUCGCUGCGGCAACUGCUGCACGCAGCCGUCGCGGAGGAGGCGGACUGACGACGCUCAUCGAGGACGGCAAUGCUACUGCUGACGAAACUGACACUGAUCUCGGGGACAGCCCUUGCCCACCUCCUACGAAGACCGCAGGUCUCAAGAGCAAGAAGCCUAUUCGCCCAAUGGUUCGCUCGGAAACUUACGGUCCUGGUCGCAUGCCCUUCUGUUGA